AUGGUAGUGGAUCGUUACAAUUAUAUUGGUUGGGUACGAAAAAAGCAGGGAAAAAUAUCAGAAGCAUGGACUAGUCAUGAGCAAGCCAUGCAAAUAUUACAGAAAUAUUUACCUCCUACUCAUCCUCGCUUAGCAGUAACAUAUAAUUACAUCAGUUUGCUCUAUUCGGCAAUGAACGAUCAUUCUAGUGCACUUGAUUGUCUCGAAAAAGCACUUCAUAUUCAAGAACAGGCACUGCAGCCAAAUCAUCCACAUCUAGCUGAAACUCAUUUUAAUAUAUCAAUUAUUUUCGAACGUUUAAACAAAGUCGAUGAUGCUUUUCAACAUGCAAAGAAAGCCAUUGAUAUUGGAAAUCAAGCAUUUUUGACAUCCGACGAUCCUCAGAUGAAAAUGUAUCAAGAGCAAUUCGACAAAAUUCUUCUGCUCACUCAAUCAUGUAAUGAACUUGUUCUUUGA